UCUGGACGCUUAUAUCUUGUGUAAUCAAAACAGUUAGUCUCACCCUCUGUGUUUAUCAUCGUCCAAGUGCAAUGUCUGGUCACGACGCCAACAUUAUCAAUGAGAUUCCUGACCUCGCGAAUCCCGACUGGAGAGAUCCCAAAGAUAGGAGACGAAUCGCUGCUUGCCUGUUGAAUGUUGUAUACCAGCUGGAAAGAGGUAACGAAAUGGUGAAUGAAUGGUGCAAUCUACUUAAAUUUGAGGUAGCUGAAAAAAUAACAGAAACAAUACAAGGUAAUGAGAGAAUAUUUGGGGCAGUUUUCAAGUGGGUAGGAGAGAGCAGAAGAGUUGGAGAAGUAGAAGAGCUCCAGUUCCCCUCAGAAGUUGUUGCCUUCAGAGGUACAAUUUCUGAAGGAAUUUAUGUUCUGAGAAAGGAUAUUGAAAACAUAUGGAAAGCAAUCAAUGCACGCCAUGCUUCCAUGAGUGGAGUGGAUAUAGGGUUACACUACUUGCAAAGGAGUAUUGAGAGGCAGAGACCUCACAACAUCUGGAUUGCAGGCCACUCGUUGGGAGCCGCCAUUGCAGUGGCUGCCGUAAGAAAAAUGAAGAGAGAAGAUAGAGAUAAAAUAGAAGCACAUCUAUUCAAUCUUCCCUUUCUUUCCCCAAGACUUCCCGAGGUGAAAUUCUUUGAGAUGGUGGGAAGAGCUUUAGCAGCUGUGCGUGAUUCCUGGCGUUCCCUUGCUUUAUGUGCGCCCAAUGCGUUGGAUUAUAAGAUGAUAGAUGAUGAGAUAUUGCGUGGGUUGUAUAAUGAUUUCAUUGGGGUUAGAGAUUGGAUCCCCAACAUAUAUGUUGGAAAUAGUGACCCCAUUAGCUGCUCUUACAUACCCUAUUUUGAGAAGAUGCAGGGUAUAUACGAGCAGAGAAGCCGGUCACUUUAUGAGCGCAUGAAGUACCUCUUCUGUUUUGAAGUAGCCCAAGAGAGAACACCCUGUCAUUUGCUUCCUUCUGCUAGGCUAUUUGUCAAAGACACCAAUAACCAUCAUCUUGGUCAGUGGUGGUCAAGGAGCCUCAAACUUGAGGGCAAGAUAUUUGUACCUCCAGAAGAAGCCCAACUUUAUUAAGAGAGGUAAUGUCUAUCCAGAGAUCAAAUUGCAUAUGAUUAGA